GUCCUUCCUCCUCACCUGCCCACUGGCUAGCAGAGCUGUGACGGGCAAGUGCCUCUUUAAAGGCAGUGGGAGUGGGUAAGCUUCCUGGCACGCUGAUUGCUCUGGGAGGCCUUGUUCCUUCUUGUCACACUUGCUCUAGGGUGCCCUGCCUGAGACCCCCAGCGUGUGCACCUGCAGCUCCCAUUGACUUCAGCCAGAAAUGCCAGAAGGCCCGUCUGUGAAGAGGUUCCAGUUGCUGACUGCUCCUUUUGUGGGGCAGGUAGUGGCCAAGGUGGGAGGAAGCAGCAGGCAGAGAAACCUGAAGGAUCUGAAAGCAAUGAGGCUCCAGGACUCUCAGGCCUCUGGAAAGAAUUUAUUCCUGGCAUUUGGUGCCUCUCUGGAAGCACGGACCGUGGGUGGAAGCCCAUCUCCAAUCAUCCAAGGAAAGGAUGACAACGGGGCAUGCUCCCUUUCCCUUGCUCAGGAAGGUCAGGAGGAGGAUGUCUCUCAGCUAAGCCCCAAAGAACACAGUGUGCAGAGGAAGCAGGAAACUGAACGCUCAGUGCCUGAUGCCUCAGAUGCAGCAGGGGACACCUGGAAAUGGCUGCGCUUCCAUUUUGGCUUGUUUGGCAGCAUCCGGGCUAAUGAGUUCUCGAGAGCUAAUAAGGCAAACAAAAGAGGGGACUGGAAGGAUCCUGUGCCCAGGUUGGUUCUGCACUUCAACAGCGGUGGCUUCCUCGUCUUUUACAACUGCCAGAUCCACUGGUGCACCUCUCCCGCUGUGGAACCUGCUUCUGACAUCCUGUCUCCUGAGUUCCACCGGGGGCAGGCCUUGGCAGCCCUUCGCCAGCCGAUGCCCAUCUGCUACACCCUUCUGGACCAGAGAUAUUUCUCCGGUCUGGGGAACAUCAUUAAGAACGAGAUCUUGUAUUUGGCAAGGAUCCACCCAUUAUCGCAAGGCUCACUCUUGACUCUCUCAGAUCUUGAAUCCUUGCUGGAUCAUGCUGUUCAGUUCAGCACAGACUGGCUGCAUAAGAAGCUGGCUGGAAAAGGAUUACACUACCAGAUCUACCUGAAAGAAAAAUGUCCUCUUGGGCACGACGUGAUGCAGGGAACUUUUGGGCCCCAAGAUGGGUUUAAGAGGCUUAGCUGGUGGUGUGCUCAGUGCCAGCCUCGAGUACCUCCUGAAGGGAAUGACCCCAAAUCACUUAAACACUGAGUGAACAAAUAUGCCAGCCUUAAUGUGGAUUAUGAACACACUCUCCUGUUUUGCAGCACGUUGCCUUCUGGUCUUUUUGUGACAUGCCGUCCGUUGUACUGAGCAGAAAUCACUUAUCCCGAAAGGCAAAAUGUGGAGAGAAAAUAGAGCUUCAUUAAAAAGAGAGGGGAUGUUUUUGUGACGCUCCCAAGUCCAUAUUGCACUAUGAAGAGAAAUGAAGCAAAUGGUAGUAGGUGUAAAUCUCCUCCAGAAGUUAGGAGUUGUAGCCACUGAAAUAUUUGGCACCUUCAGAUUUGCUGAUGUAAAAAGUUUAAUGUUCAAUUUUUCUUCUGCCAGUGAAGCUGUAUAAAUAACGUCAGGGUGAUUGUCUUGUUUGUUUGACUGUUUUACAAACCUCCGGCCAAACCAAUUGGCUGGGAAGAGUAAGUCAGGGGCGGGCAAACUUUUUGGCCUGAGGACCGCAUCGGGUUUCGCAAAUUGUAUGGAGGGCCGGUUAGGGGAGGCUGUGCCUCCCCAAACAGCCAGGCGUGACCCGGCCCCUGCUUCUCACCCCUGAUGCCCUUCCCCCAGGACUCCUGCCCCAUCCAACCCCCCUCUCCCUGUCCCUUGACUGCCCCCAGAACCUCCACCCCUGACUGCCCCCCACCGCCCCAUCCAACCCCUUCUCUCAUUCCUGACUGCCCCCCCAGGACCCCUGCCCCAUCCAAACCCCCCUUCUCCCUGUCCCCUGACUGCCCCUGGAACCUCUGCCCUGACUGCCUCCCCCCAUCCUCUAACCGCCCAACCCCUAUUCACACCCCUGCCUCCUGACCACCACCCCUGAACUCCCCUGCCCUCUAUCCAACACCCCCCCCCCCACUCCCCGCCCCCUUACCGCACUGCCUGGAGCACUGGUGGCUGGCGGCGUUAGAGCCGAGCCGCCCGGCUGGAGCCAGCCACGCACCGCACACCACAGCGCACCAGGUCAGGCCGGACCCUGCAGCUGCGCUGCCCCCAGGAGCUCGCAGCCCCGCCGCCCAGAGCAUGGUGCUGGCGGCGCAGUGAGUUGAGGCUGCGGGGGAGGGGCUGGGGGCGAGCCUCCUGGGCCAGGAGCUCAGGGGCCAGGCAGGAGGGUGCCGCGGGCUGGAUGUGGCCCACGGGCCGUAGUUUGCCCACCUCUGGAGUAAGUAAUGGGAAGUGGAACUUUCCUCCCCUAAGCCAGCGAUUCACGUGCAGCCGGCUUGAUGGUGCUUAAGCAUUCUUAUGACCCUAACAGCUUGGCAUCCGGUGUGAAAUAAGGUGCUCUUGGUUCAGUUCCAUGUGGACACGUGUUCACAUCCCAAAACCACUGGCACCUUUACUGGCACUCUCAGCCGAGAGCCCACGGAUAGAAGUGGUCCUUCCAGCACAGGGCAGAGAGGGGAAAGCUUUUACUACAACUGCCUGUGCCAACUUCUGACACAGGGCUGUGGAGCUCUCGCAAUUCAAUGAGAAACACUUUCCUUCCAACACCAGCCUGUGCUUUGGGGAGAAAGAAAUCACGAUCUUGAUCAGCUUUAAGAUGUUACAAUCCCCUCAUUUGCAUCGCGGCUUAGAUCUGACCUACGUAUGUGCUCACCAGGUGCUGAAGCUGCUGCGUCAAUUAUUUUUAAGAGG